AAAAAGGACGGACGGAGAAGCAGUCAAAUUCUUCUGCAAACCCCAAAUUGAAGAACCCUUUGGUCCUACUUCACCGACGUAGAUCCGUCUCUUAGUCUCCGUCGCCGAGUUGAAAAUGGCGAAGUCUUGCAAGGGUCUUGCUGAAGAGCUUGUCAAGUGUCUCAGUGAAUCCAUGUGUGUCAAGGACGAGAAACGGUCAAUUAGGGACUGCGCUGGUGAGAAAAGCCCAUGUAUACCGAGUGAAUGUGUUGGCCUACGGGAAACCUACUUCAAUUGUAAAAGAGGACAGGUAGACAUGAGAGCCAGGAUUCGAGGAAACAAGGGUUACUAACACAAGAGACAUAUACUGAGCACCUGCUUGUUCAAUACCGCAUUUUCACUUAUGUUAUUUUUGUCUUCUUUUGAUCAAUUCCUUUGGUUUCUGAACGAUACUAAAGGGGCAAUGCAGGGUCUUACAAUACUUGCCUUGUCAAUAUCAAGUUAGGCUUGUUCCUAUACUCAAACUUGAUUUCUUUUCCUUUUAUAAAAGGUGUAUUACAUUGGACCUGAUGCACUCGAAUGUGUCUUCAUGUAGCUUAAAGAAAGAGUAACAAUGCAAAAAACAUGCUUACUUUC